AUGUGGCAAAGGAUCUUCUCAUCAUCGAAAGGUCCUUCGCCGGAGACACCUCUAGCGCGGGGCUCCCCGCAGCAAGCGGACGACCCGGAUCUCACGCCUCUCUACCAGUCGUGGCACGAGUUCAACACCACCACCGCGCAAUGGGAGACGGUUCCAAACGCCGUCGAAUAUGUCCCUCCGCAGAACUUCAGCCAGCAGACUGUAGACGAAGACAGAAUGACACUGGCGACAUGGAACGUCGAUGCGUUCUCCCCCUUGCCGAAUGACAGACUCUCCGCCAUUUUGUCCAGAAUGCUUGAUCAGGCACCGGCGCCUGAUAUCAUUUUUCUUCAAGAGGUCUGCAAGCCCAUGGUUCCCUUCAUCAUGCAAGAUGAGAGGAUUCGCAGUGGGUGGUAUUCGAGCGAGAAAGAUACUGUUCAGUGGCGCGGUCAAUUAUUCGCGACUAUGGUGCUUAUUUCGAAAUCACGGUUUGGCCACCUUGGUAAGACGGCUUCUGGUAUUCUCGGCAGAGUAUCUCGAAUCAAGUAUCGUACCCGAUACGGUAGAGAUGCCCUCUGCAGCGAGAUUCUACUUCCAACAUCGACAUCGAACCCGAACCCUGGCCAACCCGCCUUCAAGCGCAUCCAGCUUGUCAAUGUCCACCUGGAUUCACUGGCAGUGACGCCUUCGCGCCGUCCUCAUCAACUAUCAGUCGUCGCAAAGCUGCUACACAACGCCGGCCACGGGCUGGUCGCUGGGGACUUCAACCCGGUACUCCCGGAGGAUGGAACACUCAUCGAAGAGAACAAACUUGAGGAUGCUUGGAAAGCACUGCGUGGCGAAGAGCCUGGCUACACCUGGGGAGUUGACGGAACGGAGCCAUUUCCGCCAAAUCGUAUGGACCGAGUCGCAAUGGUCGGGCUGACGCCCCUGCAUGUGGAGGUGAUGCAUCCGGAGACUAUCGCGUUGCCGAAGUCUGACAAUGCACAGAAUAGGGCUGGGAAAGAGGGCGUGGAGGCUGAGAAGGAACAGACGGUGCCUUGGAGCGAUCAUUCGGGACUGAAGUGCACAUUCACGAUUGAUGGAUAG